AUGAUCGAAUGUAUACAGAGCUCUGCUAAGCCCAUUGUCUGCCGCAAGCAUCCUGAAGUCUGGAUUUUCGGUGAAGUCCCUACUUCGGCUCAUACAGCGUCCGCCGCGUGCUCGACUCAGACGUCUAUCUCUGCUGCUGGUGUCGAUGUCUUCGAGUUUGCCCAACAUGAGCGGCCCGCUACGAUCCGAAAUCCUCCACAAACAGUGACCUACACGGUUCGUGGCUCUGGAGGAAGAUUCCAGACUAGUACGCAUGUCGCUACCGAAACAAAAACUGUUCUCCCUGGUAGACAUUGGACAGCUGCGAUCACGCGAAACUGUCCUCGACCAACUCUGAUCGAUUUCAAUGUCAUUGUCAAGAAGGUCAUUUACUAUGUCAUCCCGCCCUUUGUUCAUCCAGAUGGACCAACUUCCGAGGUCGUCCCACCGGCAACUUGGGCAGCCUGGUUCUCGACAUCUACUACGACCUCUAUAGCUGCUUCGUCUCGUAGCUCGUCUCCUGCUUGGACCUAUGCGUCUGGUGUGGUCACUUCUACCUCUACUUCAUCUACCAAUAGUUCGUAUGCCAUUAGCUCGUCUACCAUCAGCUCAUCUAUUACCGGCUUAUCUACCACUAGCUCGUCUACUACCAGCUCGUCCGGCAGCAGCGCUGCGCCGACGACUUCGGGUACUGGAUUCUACUUGCAAGUGACGACAACUCCUCCCAGUUUGGUUAAACGUGAUGCUGUUCAGUAUGUCUCAUUUGACGAACUCGGAAACGCAAUUGUGGCGGAUCUCAUAUUUGCUGCACUAAUCUUCUCUGGGGGCAACAACUCCUUUAUCUCCAGCGGUAUGUACUUGGGAACCCCCGAGCUUGCAGAUUCACCCGUUCGACGCUCUUUCAAGUUUCCCACCGGCUUCCAUACUUGGUCUUUUGUUGGCAACCUUGCCCAAUUGGAGGGAACUGCAGGUUUCUGCCUUGACGCAGGCUCAGCCAACAUUAUCAGAGCAUAUGUGCAACCUAGGGGAUGUGCCAAUCCCAUUUUCCUUGUCAGAGAUGUUCCUCAGACAUCAUCGCUGCCGACGUCGACUGCUACGGGCAAAUCCAGCAAUAGUUUGUCUACAAGCUCGACUUCAGAAUCCACAACUUCCAGCCGCAGCGGCUCCCUGUCGACCACUUCUUCAGCCAGCUCUACAGCUACUUCAAAUAGUACUCCGCCCACCAGUGCAUCCAUCACUAGCGGCACGACAAUUGCUUCCUCGAUGGUUGGUCCACAGACAAAUACCAUCAGUUCAACAUUACCAGCUAGGCAAACCACGUAA